AUGGACGGCGAGACACGGCCGCCGCCGGCGGCCAUGGCUGGCGCCGCGUUAAAGGUCCUCGACGACGACGAUCUCCUCAUAGAGAUCCUCGUCCGCGUCGGCUUCCCUACCACCCUCGUCCGCGCCGCCACCGUCUGCAGGCGCUGGUACCUCAACGCAUCCGAUCGCAGCUUCCUCCGCCGCUUCCGCGACCGCCAUCCACCCCGUCUCCUCGGCAUCUAUGUCUUGGGCGACGACAGGUCAGUGCCGACCACACGCUUCGUGCCGAUGCUGCCUCAGCCCCAAGAGCUUGCCGCCGUCGUACGCCGAGUAAGCUCCAACUUCGACGCCUACCGAAGAGCACCCAAGGUGCCGACCUACAUCUUUGGCUGCCCGAACGGCCGCAUACUCCUCUGCCAGCACGAUGGAAGUCCGGGGACCGGGGCCACAUUGGGAGUGCACAACAUGCUGUGCCCUGAGGUGGGCACGACCAUGCUCCCACCACAGCCACUCCUUCAACUGCAGAACGGCAGUUGCUACACUUACCUGGAUUUCCUCUGCAAGGAAGAAGAAGGUCGCUCGUUGUCUUACUGGUACUUGCUGAUGCAUUCUACGGCAGAGGGAAAACAUACCAUGCACGUGUAUUUCCUGCGAGACUGUGCGUGGUGCAUGCAUAAUUCGGCCAUACACGACAUCCCUCACGCACCGACACAACGACAAACUGUGCUAGCUGAAGACAAAAUCUAUAUAACAGCUGGUUGGAGCGGUAUUACUGUCUUGGAUUUGACGGCCUCGAGUUUCUCCACGAUUCGUCUGCCGCAAGGGGUGGAGCAUGGCAACGGAGGCGCCAUGUUGUCACGGGCCGAUGAUGCCAACCGUGUGUACCUCAUCCAUGUCAAGGAGCUUCAGGUUCGGAUCUGGCUCCUCAAAGAGGCCGCUUGGUUGCUCGUGGACGCCAUUUGUUUGCAUGACAUGCUUGCUAGUUUGGAUAUGUCGACGGACAACAAUGCUCUUCCACGAAUAAGCCAGGUGGGGGACAAUGCGGAGUUCGUGUUAUUGGAGAUGGGUCGGUCCAUACUAUAUUUGGAUGUCGAAAGAAGGACACUGCAUACAGUGUGUGAGUUGGCAAAAGAGGAUCGAUAUUUGUGUUGUAUCUAUCCUUUUAUGAUGCCCUGGCCUCCCACAUUCCCUGCACUAAAGAAUGACCCUGCAAGGUUUUCUUCUUGA